AGAGCGGAAGUGCACGCCUACUGCGGCCGGCCGCGGUUUCGCGAUGGUGGGUGGCGGCGGGGUCGGGGGCGGCCUCUUGGAGAACGCUAACCCCCUCAUCUAUGAGCGCUCUGGGGAGCGGCCGGUGACCGCGGGCGAGGAGGACGAGCAGGUUCCGGACAGCAUCGACGCGCGUGAGAUCUUCGAUCUGAUUCGCUCCAUCAAUGACCCGGAGCAUCCACUGACGCUGGAAGAAUUGAAUGUAGUAGAGCAAGUCCGGGUUCAGGUGAGCGACCCCGAGAGCACGGUGGCCGUGGCUUUCACACCCACCAUUCCGCACUGCAGCAUGGCCACCCUUAUUGGCCUGUCCAUCAAAGUCAAGCUUCUUCGAUCCCUUCCCCAGCGUUUCAAGAUGGACGUGCACAUCACACCAGGAACCCAUGCCUCGGAGCAUGCAGUGAACAAGCAGCUUGCGGAUAAGGAACGGGUGGCAGCGGCCUUAGAAAAUACCCACCUGCUGGAGGUAGUGAACCAGUGCCUGUCAGCCCGCUCUUGAACCUGACUUCGCCUCCAGCCACACCCCGGGCUCAUUGCCUUGUUUUCUUGAAUCACUGACAGUGAGAAACUAACAGUUUGCAUUUUGUAAUAAAUCCUUAAUUUAUAUUAAUUUCC